AUGUGUUUAUGUCUUUCUGACCUUUGUUUAAUAAUAUUAUCAAUAUUUUUCCCACCAUUACCAGUAUGGAUAAGAAGAGGAAUAUGUUCAACAGAUUCAUUUAUAAAUAUUUUAUUAUGUAUGUUAGGUUUUUUUCCAGGCUUAAUUCAUAGUUGGUAUAUUAUUGCAAAAUAUCCUCCUUAUUAUGAUAAUGAAAAUCAAAAAAUUUAUUAUGUUUAUAGAAAUGAUUUAGAAAAUCAAACUCCUAUUGACCAUCAUCAUCAUCAUCAUCAUCACGAUAGUCAUCAUGGUGGAAAUGAACGUACAAGUAUAAGAAAUGAACCUAAUGGAACUGGACAAAUUGCUUAUGGUGCUAUUAAUGAAAAUAGUAGUAAUUCUGGAAAUAAUAAUAAUUCAUUGGUUACAGCACCUCCAAAAUAUUCAGAAUUUGAUAAUAAAACUCAACAUUAA